UCCACCCACCAGAGUGCCCGAGAGACGCUGGACCCACAGCGACCCCAUGUUCUCACCCACACUCCUCCUCACCCGGUCCUACACCAUUGCAACCGCCCCAAACCACCUACCUUCUGCACAUUGUGCCCAGUCUACCCUGUUCCUUAGUUUCCUAUGGUUCCUUCCAACCAUUUUUUUUUUUUUAAAGGGCUGAGUGUCCUUCCCGAAAUGAGUUUGGUGAUUAAAAAUCUGCAGCGGGUUGUCCCCAUCAGAAGAGUGCCACUUCGCAGGAAGAUGGAUUUAGUCAGGAGUAUCUUAGGCGUGAAGAAAUUUGACCUGGGGAUCAUCUGUGUUGACAACAAGAAUAUUCAGAACAUUAAUAGGAUCUACAGGAAUAAAAAUGUCCCAACUGAUGUGCUUUCUUUCCCAUUUCAUGAGACUCUGAAAGCGGGCGAAUUCCCUCAGCCUCUCUCACCGGAUGAUUAUAAUUUGGGAGACGUUUUCCUGGGAGUGGAAUAUAUCUUCCAGCACUGCAGGGAAAGCGAGGAUUACUACGAUGCUCUGACGGUGACAGCCACCCAUGGACUCUGUCACCUGCUGGGCUUCACCCACAGCUCCGAGGCUGAGUGGCAAAAGAUGUACAGCCAGGAGAAGCUGGUGCUGGAGGAACUGAGCCGUUACACCGGAGCUAGGCUCCAGCCCCUGAGCAGGGGACUCUACUGAUGCCUCAGAGCUCUGAGACAAAGAACUUGAUGGGCAGAGUCCUGUCUCUCCGCAGUGGAUCUCUGCUGGUCCUGAAUCAGCCCACACUACAGCUUCAUUCUGUGAGCGGACAUUGGCUUCGGAAAGUACCAAGGAAGUGCCUGUCGGCCCUUGCUCUGAUUAGAAGGCUGUGCGGACUGUUGUCAGCAGAAUAGGGCAUGCUAAGAAAAGAAACAUGGAUGCCCUUAUGCUUCUUUGGGUUUGUAACUGUAGAGUCUUGGUAGACUGCCCUGUCUCCCUGAAGUGGAAGGAACAUGCCAGAACACUGAACUCUGUUCUUCCUAGGAGGAUAGGCACUGCAGAGCAGCAGGCCCAAAAGGACAAGGUUCGGGCUGGAGAGAUGGCUUAGUGGUUAAGAGCACUGACUGCUCUUCUAGA